AUGUUGUUUUCAUGUAUCUUACAGCUUCUAUAUGUGAAUAGAACUCAAUGUGUUCAACAACAGUUUAUUAACAGAAGAAUAGUACCACUUCACUUCUGGAACUAUGGGAGACUGAAAACAAGACAAACAAAUGAAAUUGCAAAUGGAAAUUUUGGAAUGGUACAAAUUUUGGACAAUAUGGAGAUGCUUCAAGAGGAUGAAGAAGAAGAUGUUGAUUUGGAUGAGGAAGAUAAUGAAAAGAAUGUAGAGGAAUUUUCAGAUUCAGAUGACAAUGAGGAUAUUGGUUUGGAGAAGCAUAUUGGUGAAACAUCAAAGGUGAAUGAAAAUGAAGUUCAAUCUAAAAAGGAAAUAGAAGAAUCAGAAGAUCAAAAUCCAACAAACAAUACUGCAUUUCAAAAAGCAAUAGUUUUGUAUAUACCGAAAGAUAAUCAAGUACAGCACACUGAAGUUGAAAACACAGUGGAUGCAGAACAACAUCAAGAAAUGGUUUUGUAUAAAACAAUAGCAACACAGGAAGAAAAUGAAGAACAAGACAAAGUCGAUACAACUCAAAAACCAACAUCACUUACUGAUUCUCAAUCUACUCCAAAAUCAUCAACUUUCACACCAACAUUAGAGUCACCAACAAUUUAUUCUAUGGUUGACAAAGUUGUUGAAGAAAGCUUAAAUAAAAAUGCUUCAACUUGCACACCACUUAUUCAAAAACUGUCUUCUCAACCAUCUUUUUCACUUGGACUAACCCCAGAUAUCAAAGAUGAUGUAAACACUCCAAAACCUUCUACAAGAUCAAGAAAGAUGAUGAACAGAUAA